AGAUUCAUGCUUUUGUUUUGUAAGACCAUUUGGUUUUCAUACUCUUCUUGCUAUGUCUGAAUUGUUUAUAGUUUGGUUCUGUAAUAACAAAGAAUCAUGUUUUUGUUUUUAAUUUAUUGAGAAAAAUAUACUUCCACUAAUUUCAUUUUCCAAAAGAUAUUUUUCUAUCAGUUCAAGGUUUGUUGUACACCACACAAUCUAAGUGUAGAUUAUUACCAUCCAAAUGAUUUAGCUUUACUCAGACAAUCAACAAUGGAGUCUCUUAGAUUCUUAUACACUGUAGAGAUGUCGUCACCAUGUCUGUUAUGUCCAUGCCCAUCAUCGCCAACUUCUCUUUCAUCGUCGUCUCCGAGAUACCAUCUUCUUAACACAACCUUCAAGAGACUAGGUUCAUCCAGAACUCUCCGCAUAACUUGUUCAUCUUCCUCUACCUUUACUGGAGGACAAACACAACAGUCGUCUUUCAAUGACGCUGAGAUGAAACUCAUUGAUGCUUUGAUCGGAAUUCAAGGCCGUGGCAAAUCUGCUUCUCCUAAACAGCUCAAUGAUGUGGAAUCUGCUGUGAAAGUUCUUGAAGGUUUAGAGGGCAUUCCAAAUCCUGCUGAAUCUGAAUUGAUUGAAGGUCGUUGGCAAUUAAUGUUCACCACAAGACCUGGAACUGCAUCUCCAAUCCAGAGAACAUUUACAGGAGUAGAUGUGUUCACUGUGUUUCAAGAUGUAUACUUAAAGACAACAAACGAUCCUCGUGUUUCAAACAUUGUUAAGUUCUCUGACUAUAUUGGAGAGCUGAAAGUUGAGGCAGUUGCAUCCAUCAAAGAUGCCAAAAGGGUUCUAUUUCGUUUCGAUAGAGCAGCAUUCGCAUUGAAGUUCCUUCCAUUCAAAGUUCCAUAUCCAGUUCCUUUUAGACUUCUUGGUGAUGAAGCCAAAGGCUGGUUAGAUACUACGUACUUGUCGCCUUCAGGAAACCUUAGGAUCUCAAGGGGAAACAAGGGGACAACGUUUGUUCUUCAGAAAGAAACAGUGCCUAGGCAGAAACUGUUAGCUACCAUAUCUCAAGACAAAGGAGUAGCUGAGGCUAUAGAUGAGUUUCUUGCUUCUAAUACUAACUCCAAGGAAGAUGAUUAUGAGCUUCUAGAGGGAAACUGGCAAAUGAUUUGGAGUUCACAGAUGUAUACAGAUAGUUGGCUUGAGAAUGCAGCAAAUGGUCUUAUGGGAAGACAGAUCAUUGAGAAGGAUGGAAGAAUAAAGUUUGAAGUUAACAUCAUACCAGCAUUUAGAUUCUCUAUGAAAGGCAAAUUCUUGAAAUCAGGAGGUAGCACUUAUGAGUUGAAGAUGGACGAUGCAGCAAUUAUAGGUGGUCCGUUUGGAUAUCCGAUCGAAUUGACAAACAAUAUCAAGCUUCAAGUUCUAUACACAGAUGAGAAGAUGAGAAUAAGUCGUGGCUUUGAUAACAUUGUCUUUGUGCACAUCCGAGAAAUGUAGCUAUGCUAGGAGAUUAAGAAAAAUUUAUAGUGCUCCUCCUAUAAUGAAUAUGCAUGUAAAGAAAAAAAAACUGUAAACUGUUUAAGUUAAUUGUUAAAUUUCUCUGAUCAAUAUAGUUUUUAGAUUUAACUAA